UGCAGCUAGCCCUCGCCUCGCGCAGCAGCAAAGGAGCUAUAUCAGCUGCCUCUGCCUGCUUCGCUCGUUCCCAUAUAGAGCCUUCGUUCCGGCCGGCCUCUCGAUCGGUGCUCCGCCGCCGCCACCGUACCGUCGUCACACGCCGCGCGCGCGACGUCGUCGUCUCAGCUAGUAGCCGACACUGUCAAGCGCGCGCGCCGGGCUCGUGCGGUUUCUCUGGGCCGAUGGGGAGGCACACUGGUGCUGGAAUUCACUGCUCCGUCCCUCUCGCUCUGACGGUAGUAGUGCUGCUGCUGCUCGCCUCCGUCUCAGUGAGUCAUGGCAUCAGACCAGCUCCUGUUGCUGGGGCGAAUGGACUGGUGCAUGACUCGACGGCAGAGAUGGUCGUCGUCGCCACAGCACCGUCAGCUCCUGCGCAGCUGAUGCAGGGGAGGCAGAUGAGCAGGGGCGGCAAGAAGGACGACGACGGCGACGACAACGUGCUGCUGCGGGAGGAGGUGGUGCGCGCGACGGGGUCGAGCCUCCCGGACUGCUCGCACGCGUGCGGGGCGUGCUCGCCGUGCAGCCGCGUCAUGGUCAGCUUCAAGUGCUCCGCCGCCGAGCCGCUGCCGUGCCCCAUGGUGUACCGCUGCAUGUGCAGGGGCAAAUGCUACCCGGUGCCGUCCAGCUGACGGUGAUGCAUGCAUGCCGUCCAGCUGUGCGGGAUGUGGAAUGACGAUCGAUUACCCUGCUAAUAAAGCUAGCUAGCUAUAGCACUUAUUUAAUUUAUGCAUGUGGAGAGUUGGAGACUUCUUGAUCCGUUUGGGCUAAUCACGGUGUUACGGGGCACCUUUUUUGUGUAAAUGACGAUGGGCGAUGAGUCGUUACCUAGCGCUAGCUAGUGUGUGUGCUGUGGAGAAGAUCGAGAUCCUGAUGAUAUGCAUGAUUUUUUUUUUUUUGAGGUGUCCGAAGGGUGUUGCAUUGCACUGUAGGGUACUAGGAGUCUAGGAUGCAUGAACAGCAGGACAAGGUCUCUGAGACACGCUAUGUGUUCGACCCCUUUAAUUUAAUUUGGUAGAUGUACGAGGCUUCUUUUGGUAAUUUAAAUACUCUCUUCAUUUCAAUU